CAUCACAUGACCACUUUAUUUUGUUCCCGUGAUCAACUUUAGAAAAUUCAAAAAUAAUUACGCGCAAUGGCCAAAGUGGAAAUAAUAGACAUACUCGAAAACUCUCUCGACAGCAGUGGUGAUAACGAACGUAUUCUGGGUUUGAUUGGCGAAGAGGCUUACGAAACCGCUGGUUGUGAUAGAUCACAAAUAAUUGCCCAGCCGAUUUUAGAUGGAACUGAGGAGGAUAGCUCUACUUAUAGUUUCAAAGAUAUAUCUGGUGGUACAUACAAGCUAGUACAAAUCCCAGAGAAGGAUCUCUCAGACAACAUGUCUUCCCGGUCUCCAACACAUGGACUACCUAGUGGAGAGUUCUAUGUUAUAAGUAAUCCAGUGGAGGUGUUUGGAACAUCGGCCACACAAAAGAAAGUCAUAAGGAGGCCACCACCAAUAGAAAAAACUAUAACAAAAAAGAGAGAUGACAAAAGAAGAGCAACACACAAUGAGGUCGAGAGACGUCGACGAGAUAAGAUAAACAAUUGGAUUGGGAAGCUGGCUGCUCUCAUACCCAACACAGGCCUUCCCGACACCACUAGCAAAGGAUGCAUAUUGGCGAAAGCUUGCGAACACAUUACUGAGCUCACAGCAAAGCAAAAAAAGUUAGAAAGAUUGGAGGUAGACAAGGAGAAGCUAGUUUUAGAGAUAUUAAGGCUUAACAAAGAAUUAGCCGAAGUACGGAAUGAAAAUACAUCCAUGCGACUACAGUUGGCGGACAACUGCAUAGUCACGAGUCAUCGGGCCAAAGGACAGAGAUCUUAGUUACAGAGAUAGUAAAUAGACAAUAAGGUCAAGGUAAUCAAUGGCACACUGCUCACGCAUGAAAAUUUAAAUAAUUCUUACGGGCAAGAAAGAAAAAUACAUUCUCCAUCAGUAUGAAUGAAUGAAUAAUUGAUUACACUUUUAUUGUACACCAAAGAAAGAAGUAGUAACAGAGAUAUAAAUACAGAGCAAGAGAGUACAAUUUGGUGGUCUUAUCAUCCAAAUAAUAUCAUAUCAAUAGAAUAUCAUAUAGUAUGCUACCUAUCUCAUAAUAUAGAAAUAUAUAGAAAUAAUAUAGAAUCCCAUAAAAGUAGAUAGAGACUAUUUAAUCAUAUUCAUUGGUUCAUAUUAUAACAUUGAAACAAAUAAAAACUUACUACACCCGUAACAAGCAAUGAACGAGGAGCAUCUGUCAAAAAUGACAGUCACCCUUGCAAUACACUUCUUCAUCACAUCAAGGAUAAGGAAGUGAAGAGGGGCCUAAAACAGGCAGGAGGCAAAAAUAUGCCUCAUUAUAUCCCCAGGUGGACACGUCAAUUAUAUAGGGGAUAUAAUAAUGUGUCCAUCUGCCGAAGCAUGGGAACUCCUUAAACAUAGGAGGAGUUUUCCCCCGUUUAUUAUUACACAUAUUAUUUGGAUAUUAUUUCCCCUUGUGUGCCAGUGCUCUGGGACUUAGUACUGCUGUGGG